CUAAACCCCCAAUUGUUCUGCUAAAACCCCUUUCCGCAAGUUAUCGAGUGCGGACCAAAAUUUUCGUCUGUGUUUGUUUCCGCCAUCUCCUUCAAUCUCCUAAUCACCAAGCUGCUAAGAAUUGGUGGUGUUUGUCAAAUGCGUGUUCAGUCAUGCAGAUGGUACCGCGCAUUUGCUGCAUCAAGAUGUGCAGUGGGUCCCACUUCGAAUCUGCAUGCCUUCUCCAUUUCGUAAGCUGCCCAGAAGCCUUUCCUUUCAUCAAAUCGAAAGAUGCAUUCCUAUGAAAUGGAAAGAAAGCAUCAAACCACCACCAUUGGAUGUGGGGAAAAAACCCAAGCCACAAUCUUGUUUUUCCAACGAAACGAUUGUACUAUUACCCGAUGAGAAAACCGAUAAUUGUCUGGUCGAUUGCCUUGCCAUCACAUUGAAAGAUUCCGCCCGCAAUGGCCGUUUGUUCAAAGCCUUAAGAAUAUUUUCUUCCUCUGCGUAUCCCGUUUUCGUUGUAGACUCGUUAUCCUCUCUGUUAUUGUCUUGUGCAAAUCUCGAGUUGCUUCGACAAGGCAAACAGCUUCAUGCCCAAGUUAUUACAUGGGGUCUUCACAAAAGCCAAGCAUUGGUUCCAAAGCUCGUGUCUUUUUACACAACGUUUGGUUUUAUCGAGGAAGCUCAUUUUAUAGCUGCAGAUUCGAACAUUCUGCACCCUUUGCCUUGGAAUGUUCUUAUUUCGUCGUACGUGAGUGAAGGGCGUUACGAUGAAGCUAUCUUCGCCUACAAAGAAAUGGGUCAUAAACGGGUUAUACCCGAUCGUUUCACUUACCCGUCUGUUCUCAAGGCCUGUGCAGAACAAUCAAAUCUUGAAUUCGGUAGAGAAGUUCAUAAGUCGAUCAAUGCUACUACCUCUUUGAAACGGGACUUGUUUGUUCAGAAUGCGUUGGUUUCUAUGCAUGGGAAAUGUGGGGAUCUUGAAACUGCACGAAGCAUCUUCGAAGAAAUACCGGAUAAGGACGAAGUAUCGUGGAACUCGAUUAUUUCUCAAUAUGCCUCGAGGGGUAUGUGGGACCAAGCUUUCGAACUUUUCGAAAGCAUGAGAGUGGCCGGUAUGAAAUUAAAUAUUAUAACUUGGAAUACUAUUGCUGGAGGUUGUUUGAGAACAGGCAACUUCGUAGGGGCUCUUAAGUUGAUACGUCAGAUGAGGACAGGUGGCGUUCGGUUAGAUCACGUGGCGGUGAUUAUUGGAUUAGGUGCUUGCUCUCGUAUACGUGAGUUGAAAUCAGGGAAAGUAAUUCACGGUUUUGCAAUUCGAAAUGCUUCCAUCGAAUAUGAUAAUGUGAAGAAUGCGCUGAUUACGUUGUAUUCUCGGUGUGGAGAUCUUACGCAUGCUUAUGUCGUCUUCAGAUUGGUGAAGGGUAAAAACGUAAUUACGUGGAAUUCGAUUAUAUCCGGUUUUGCAAAAAGGGAUAUGUCCGAAGAAGCCUUUUCUCUCUUCAGAGAAUUACUUCUUGCAAAAACCGAACCGAACUACGUGACACUCGCAUGCAUCCUACCCCUUUGCGCACGUGUGGCAAAUCCGAAACACGGGAGAGAGAUUCAUGGCUAUAUUGCCACGCGUGCGGAAUUUCGGGGGAAUUUAUUACUGUGUAACGCUCUUAUCGAAAUGUAUUCAAGAACAGGUAGUGUUUUAAUAGCUAGACGAAUAUUCGAUUCAAUGGAGACGAGAGAUUUAGUGACAUACACUUCGAUGAUAAGUGGAUACGGCUCACAAGGGAAAGGUGGGAUUGCCGUUGACCUUUUCGAGGAGAUGAUAAAAUGUAAUAUAAAACCUGAUGAUGUGGCGAUGGUUGCUAUUUUGUCUGCUUGUGCUCGUUCGAGGCUCGUUUCUCAAGGUCAGUUGUUUUUCGAAAAGAUGGUGAGCGUCUACUGUAUAACUCCUAGCUUGGAGCAUUUUGCUUGCAUGGUUGAUUUAUAUGGGAGGGCUGGUUUAUUGAAGAAAGCGAAGGAGGUUAUUUUGACGAUGGGUUAUUGUCCGACGGAGCAAAUGUGGGCCAUGCUUAUCGGAGCGUGUAGGGUCCACGGGAAUACGGAGAUUGGGGAAUGGGCGGCUGAGAAGCUUCUAGAAGUUUCGAAGCAGAGGGACAGAUGACCAACAUUUUUGAGCUAUUAUAAACUUUGUAAUUUAUGGUGUAUACUUGCAAUUUUUUUGACUUCACAAUUGGUUUAACCAACUGUAUGUGCAUCAUUAAAAUUCGAAUAUCUGAUAAAGUUUAAUA